UCUCUCUCUUUCUCUCUCCUCGAGUUCUGUCUGGAUGAGGCUUCCUCAGAUGAUCAGUGAGACUUGCGCGACCUUAUUCACUCAUUAAUGCGAUCGGCGACGGCCAGUUAACCCCGUUUUAACCUUAUUAGACCACAGGUAUGGCAAAUGGAACCAGUAAGCCUGGCUACAUCAGCAGUUUCAUGUCAUUCAUAGAGAACCAAGAUUCUGUUAAACCUGUCACCUCGUCUAGCAAGUCGGGAGAAUCAGCAGCACAAAUGGCCUCUGCUGAAGAUGAUGACCCUAUCAAGGUCUCAAGGGAAGAUGCUGCUGGGGCAGGAGAAGCUGAGAUCUCCUCUACUGGUGCUGAUCUUGAUCCCCCAGAAGGUGAGGUUCCACCGACAGACCACAAAGAAUUGGAUCCGCCAGAGGAAGAGGUACCUCCUACAGAUCACACGCCGUCUGAUAAUAUAGCAGAUGCCACCGACUCGUGCGAGGCAACAGUAAUUUCUGAUAAUGUUGAAAGGCCACUUAUUCCUGAGACUGAAAAUACCAACAGUUCAGAAGCCACUAAUAAUAGUGAUGUUGCUGCCGGUCGAAAGAAUGUUGCCAGGAGAGGGAGACGCAGAAGUUCAGUCACUGCAGGGAAAGGAUCACCAGACAAUGCUGGCAGUGGAAAUGACAGUGUUCCCGCCCGAGAAACGCCACGACGAGCAGCUCGCUAUAUUCAGCAUUACGGUAACUUUGACAUAGAGGAGUCAGAUGGUUUGGGAGACUCAGAUCCAGAUUACAAUUUGUCUGAUUCAGAUGAUGACCCUGAUUUUAAUCCUCUGAAUAAACGCCAAAAUAGUACUGGUGGGAGUGAUGAAGACACCUUCAACAAGCCCCGUAGAGGGCGAGGCCGAGGACGAGGCAUGGGACGUAUGAGAGGUCGUGGUGGCAUGGGAAGGGGAGUUAAACGAUCUUUAGAUGUUGCUAAAGAGGAGUUAGUCGAAAAGCCAUCAUCAACUGUUUCAAGUGAAGGUACAACUACAGGUGCAGCCAAAAGGCGUGGUCGACCGCCCUCAUAUGUUCCACAAGUAUCUCCAGGCAGUGGAGAUGAAAGUACUGUGUCAAGUACUGAUGAUAAGAAAUCACCUUCAAAGCUGAGUUCUUCCUUCAACUAUACCCCUGUUCGAAAUCAGCGCUCAAACGUGGCUAUUCGCCUACCAGAGGGUCCACAGCUCACUCCUGAACAACUAGAAUUGGUUGAAUCACAAUUUAAGAGUGGGGACUUUGUAAUGGCCAAGAAAGAUAUGGACAUGAUGGAGCAUCCUCCCAUAUGGCGUAUCGAUGGCAAGUCCCUAUUACAAAAAUUUCAGGCCUUCGAAAAGGAUGGCAAGACCUUGUACAGGAAUAUAUCAACGUAUUCAGGUUGGACAUCCCAGGCAAAAGCCCUUUAUGUUGGUGUGAAAGUUACGUUCGUAUUCCAGUCCCGCUAUGACACUGUGGUUGAAAUGGUUGGCAUAAAAAAUCAAGAUGAUGAACAGUCUGAUACAGACAAACCUGAAGAAAUGGUGUAUCUUCCCAAAAAUCAGCCCCAGAACUUUGAAAUAUCUGAAGAAUUGCGAUCUCAUAUGCCAGACUUUGAAAUCUACUUGCAAACGUUAAUAUCACAAGCUCUGGAUAACAACUUUCUUAAGGAGAUUUAUGAAGAAAAUGAUGAUUACUUUGUGGAAAGAGUGAAAGUGAUUGAUGAAUUGGCAGAGCAGAGAAAAAAGAAAAUAAUAGAAAUUGUUCAGUGGAAUGAGAAAUUUCGGAAUUCUUUGGAUACAUGGCCCUGUAUCAAUGUAAUGAUAACCAAAAAUGCAGACACAUGCCAAGCUUGCUCUAAGCUACCAGCAACUAAGCUGUCACAACUCUAUGGGCAGCCAUAUAAUCAAGAAACUCUGCGAUCACGAGAACCUUUACCAUCAGAAGUAGACACCAAGAAUUACGAAGUGUGUGAACGUUGCUCGAAUCUUUCACAAAUGUACAAUAAAGUAUCACACCAAAAGUAUGAUUACUACUCACAGUGUAAGAGUACAGUCACCAACAUGCGUGUUACGCAUCCAAGCAAACAUACUACCACCAUACUUCGAGAUCUCCUGGCCAAUGAUCAUUGGAUUAUGGGGCUGUUCCGAUCAAUGUGCACUACUUGGAUUAAGGUAGACAGAUUGUACCAGGAAGAGUGUAAUGCGCCGAACAUAAAUAUUGAGCACAAGAAUGAAACAAGACCUUCAGAAACUUCAGAAAUGACAACGUGAUUGGAAGUUAUAUCCAGUAAUAUUUAAUAGUUAAUACGUAAAUGACAUUUGCAGUAUAUGGUGAAAAGAAAAGUUAUGGGAAAGCAAAAUUCACAAAAGGUUUAAUGUAAAAGAUGAAAAUAAAGGUCAUAACUGAAUUACAGGAACAUUUUAUGAAAUGUUAAAUGAUUUUGCUUGUGGAGUUGUGAUACCCCUCAGUACCAUCAUACCGGCUUUGUGUCAAGUUUAUUUCAUGUUGAAAUUUCUUUAAUCUCUAGCAUAUAAAAUGUACUGUAGGAGAAUAAAACAGUAGACCUGCUUACUGUUGGUUUUUAUAAUUUAUAGAGUAAAUGUAUUUGGUUAUUCAGAUGGUGCCAGUAAAUAUGGAGUUGACUUGGGAUUAUGUACAGAUAACAACAAAUGAUAUAUUCAAGAUUACAAAUUUGUGCUUCUUGUAUAUUUAAAGCCACUUGUAAUUAUAACUCACUAUGUGCUUUAAUGAUGCAUAUGCAAGUAUUAAUUCCAUCUUAGUAGCUCAGUUGACUAAAUAAGCAAGAAACUAUAAUUAUUGUAGGUGUCUGUUUUGAGAGAGGAUGUGCAGCUAUUAUAGCACAUAAUGAAAGAGAGGUUGAUGCAUACAAAAGUACACAAAUUUCAAGAAUGUGUGAAUUGAGUGGCUCGUGCAUUUGCCAAUUCUUCCUUCAAUUGUUAUAAUAAAUAAUUAUUCCUUGUAUAUUUUAUGUUCUUUUAAAUAUCCAUAUCUCGGAACCACUUGGGGAGCUAAAAGUUCAUAUAAAUCAAAUGAGAAGAGUUUAUAUUUUCUUUAUAAUUAUAUUUCACCAACAGCAAGAAACUGCCUUCAUAUAUUUAAAGUACUCUUAGGCAUCUGUGUUCUGAUGUUUUUCAGAUUUGAAAGCACAAAAGGCCUUUAAAGUGAAGAUAAAUACUACUUUCCACCGUAGCUGAAAUUAGAUAAUUUUUAAGAGUCAAUAUUGUGUAUUGGCUUUCCAUUUUGUACCUCAUAGAUUUUAUGUUUUGUUUUGUUAAAUUUUCAGGUAGUAAUACUUGGAAUGAUAAGGUAUAUAAUGAUUAAAAGCUAUUUGAACAUUCUUUUGUCUUUUUUAUGGUUUUAUAUGACAUAUAUUUUUUAACCUGUGAAAGUUAUAUUUAUUAGAAGUUAAAGUGUAUUAGUGUCACUUUGAAAGCUGAGUUGACACAUGUAUUUUUUUUUACAGUAUUAACUAAAGCCAGCCAUGUGUGGCUUUCCUUCUGUAUCUCUACUUUAUCCCUCCUCUGCUUUUAUAGGGAAGGAACUGCCCAUUAUUCCACCUUUGUCUAUACAUCUUCACCCCCUUUCAGCAUCAUUGGAGUACUGUACCUUCAUCAGUAUAGUAUACUGAAAGUUGGGGUGGGCAAGUUGUGUUUAAAUUGACUGUAGCACUCCAGACUUUAUAAGAUGUGUUGAUGCAAGUGAAAACGAGCAUUUCUAAGGUUGCCCAGUUUUGUCUGGUUUUAGUAAAUGUUAUGGAAUUU